CCUUUUCCUCCCGCAUUUUAUUCCAUUUGCUACUUGCUUUCAUUGCGUAAUCGAGUUAUUGCUUCGGAUUGUUCUGUAUGCCGUGGUUUGUAGCGUUUGAUCUUUGAUAUAGGUCUUUAAAUAGUCUUGGCAGUUUUUUUUCCGCCCUAGUUCCUCCGACUUUUCGAUAUUGUGUAGCUGAACGCUAUAAUUUUUGGCUUCUAGUUUAUAACUGAUUUAUUGAUUUGGAGAUUGUUGUUUAUCAGGUGAAAAAAAAAGUGAACUGUUUCAUGAAAAUUAUAUAUAUAUAUAUAUCUUUUUUUUCCGUGUUCUGAAAAAUCUAUAGUCGGCCGCCGUCGCAGUCUCAGGGAGAAAAUCAACUAUGAAUCAUGAAGAACGAUAGGAUGUUGGAUAUCAUCGUCUAUGUAAUUUAAAUUUUAUACAUCAUGAAGCUCAGUUGAAUUUAUUUUCUAUAUGCGGUGGCAAGAGACUUUAGGAUUUCUAAUUUUUUACUGUUCUAUGCUUCCUCGUUGAUAAUCAUUGCCUAAGGAGCCUUACAUUAUUGAAAUAUUCCCCUCUUCCCUCUGCUCUUGUAUCCGUGAAUUUAUGUUCUUUCUUUCUAUGAAAAUGGAGAAAUUAUUCUUAAUUCUAGCUUUUCUUCGUAAGACCCUACCAAAUGUUUUACAUUUGUUCAAACAAAUCUUUGACCUGUUUUCUCAUAUUUGCUAUACGUGAAGUUAGUAGCCAUAUCAUUACAGUUAGCUUGUUUGGCUUAACAGGUUUUCUUUCCUUUGUACGCCAGGGAUACAGAAUGAUAGGAUCCUUUCUUACAAGGGUGCUUGUGAUGAUUUUUGGCUAUGCGUAUCCAGCCUACGAAUGCUACAAAACCGUUGAAAAGAAUAAACCAGAAAUUGAACAACUUCGUUUCUGGUGCCAGUAUUGGAUAUUGGUGGCCGUCUUGACAGUAUGUGAGAGAAUCGGCGAUGCUUUUAUAUCAUGGAUUCCAAUGUACAGUGAAGCUAAGUUGGCUUUUGUUAUAUACCUGUGGUACCCUAAAACAAUGGGAACAACAUAUGUGUAUGAUUCCUUUUUUAGACCAUAUGUUGCAAAACACGAGACAGAAAUUGAUCGCAGCUUGUUGGAACUAAGGACCAGGGCUGGAGAUAUUGCAGUUUUAUACUGGCAAAGAGCUGCUAGUUAUGGACAGACUAGAAUAUAUGACAUUUUGCAGUAUGUUGCUGCACAAUCAACACCAUCAACUCGCCCUGCGCAGCAACGCCCAGGUGGUAGAGUCCGCCCAACUGCACCUCCCAAUCGCCAACCAGCUGCUGCAGCAGAACCACAAAUUGAGGAACCUCCAUCUCCUGCCUCUAGCACGUCCUCAAGUCAGCAUCAGAAGGACGUAGUUGAGGAAUUGAGUUCAUCACAAGUGCCCAAAGUAGCCUCACCUGUUCCUGAAUUAAGUACUCAGAAGUCUAAUCCUUCACCUGAGACGACCAGCCAAUCAGCUCCAGCCGAGGCGGAACCAAUGCAGACUGAAGCGGCACCAACUUCAUCCAGUACAGCCAAUGAAAAUGAGAACCCUCCUCCAAAAGAGACAGCGAUGGAAGAGAGCAUAAGGGCUACUCGAGUAAGGCUAAGGAAAACCCGAUCAGGAAACCGUUAGGGUGUCAAUAUUGGCAAUUUCUAGCACGGUAGGUGGACAAUGAUGGGCAUUGCAUUGUUGCAAAACCUUCAUGUAAAUCGGUCCUAAGUUUUCAUUCCAUUUGUCGCUUUAUUUUUUGAUUGUCUUGGCAUGGAAGAGGGGUUAUUUGGUGGGAGCUUGCUGCCGCUUUAUAUGGACUCAGAUUCCGAAGGGAUAUUUCUAUCAGCUACUUGUAUAGUUGGCAUUAACGGUUGAGUAGGGCUGAUGUUCAUGAAGGAGGCACUUCUCUAUUUCCCUCGUUUUGAUGACAUUUGGUUCCGGUGUUUCUUCCUAAGAGCAAGCAGGAUUAAUUUGGUGGGUUUU